AUGGCACGUGUAGUCACCUCGCCGCAGCGGCGGGACAACGUUAGCCCCAGACCCCCAGUGAACCACGCCGUCAACAACCAGCGAAAAUCUCAAAAUGCCUGCCCACCGACCCAAAGGCACGUGCUCAACGCAAUCACGUCUCCAGGGCAAUACACCGAUGUAGCGACCGAAGACAUCGAAAUCGUCACCGCACUGAAACUCGUCGCCCGCUCUGUGGCCGAACAGCGCCAAGUCGUCGGCAAACACCUCAUCUAUCAUCCCAUCGUCUUGGUGUUCGUGGCAAUUUUGCUGGCAUUUACCAUCAAGCUCAUCUACCACGAUCCAUCCAACUGGCUUUUUAUCCUCGUGACUGGCGCUUUGGUGCCAUCGAUUGCCCUACACUACGUCCUGGACCUGGUCAGUGGAUACGUUCAUGAGGCCGAGAGGGUCGGGACACUGAACUGGCUGUAUGGGCAUGAUCCAGGCAGGGAAACCGACGCUUCGUCUCCGGGGGCUGAUCCUCCUUUCAACACAGAUAAUGGAAUAACCAUUGUCCUCAUCCACCGAUUGAAGCGCCGAAUCAUAGGCACCCUUGUCAUGAGCGUAGUGUGUCGUGAUGCCGGACUCAAUUCGGACACGAUCAUGCUGAGUAUUCCCACCGGCGAACCCUACAAGGCCUUCAUCCGUGCCUGGACAGUCCGCCAACAAUUCCGUGGCUAUGGUAUUGGCACAGCACUUCUCGAUGAAGCUGUGCGAAUUUGCGACGAGAAGAAAUGGCAAGCUCCGCGAUUCGCAACUCGCCAUGCUAACUCACUUCGUCUCCUCCACCCCAUGUUUCACCGGGACAUGGAUCGUGCCUCUGCCAUGUGGAACUCGUACCUGCGCACACGUGUUGAGGCUCAUCGGCAGUAUCGUGAGGAGUGGGAGGCUCGUGAGAAGUGGGAGGCUCGAGAGGUCGAGGCGUCACGAAAUAUGAUGACUACACUGGACCGGACGAUGGAUAUGAGGGUCCAUAUGACUCGAUUGAAAGUGAAGCUGGACGUCUCAUUACGUCAGUAUCUCAAUUCAAGCCUGGAGAAGGCUGUGGACGCACAGUCACGGUGGAAGGACAUGCUGUGA